UAUCUACUUGAUGGAUCGACGGCUCUAUAUGCACCCCAUAUACAUCCCCCCUCCCUAUCUACAACGACCCAACCGCGGAAAGAUUUCAUUCUUUCCUUGCUCAUCUGAUAACACGUCAGGUUGUACAAACCGAUCAUAGCCAAUAUGGAUGCGUUACGACGCAGCGGUCUCGUGUGUCUCAGCCACUGCCUCUUACACCUCUCCUCUGCCUGAUGUAGGCGAGGCGUAGGACUCUCCGACCGUCCAUGGGGACUACUGGGCUCUCUGCCUCCUCCAUCCGACAAAGAGCAAGAGAGGGCUCGACAAAUCGGGAAAAAGCCCUGUCCGCGUUUCCCACCCAUCUCCUCCGGGCCACCCGCCCUCUCCCGCUCUCUUCCCCUCUCUUCCUCUCUCCUCCUCGCCCUUCCUCUCUCCUCCUCUCUGUUCCUCUCUGCAAGCUCCUGGCUGCCCGCUUACUGCGUCCGUCACCAUGGAGCGCCAGCGUUAUCCGCGCACCACCAAAGGCGACGCCGUCUCCCCUCUCCUACUCGACGUUGUGGCGGGUAGGAGCACGAGGCUGCGGCAACUUCGAAAAUUCUUGGCUGGUUCGGUUAUCGCGUCCCUUGCGUUUUCUCUCGUCCUCGGCUCGGCCCGCGGGACGCACGCGUUCGUCAGUCGAUCUGCGAGUCCAAAACGCCAGGAGGCCGGUGAAACCGACUGGGAUUGGACCCAACUCGAACCCAGUAGAACACUGCAAUGGCACCGCUGCUACAACGAUACCUACGACUGCGCGAGGCUCGAUAUCCCCCUGGACUGGCUGGAUCCGUCUGACGAUCCGCAGGAUCGUGUCGCGCUGGGUGUCAUACGCCUUAGAGCCAGCGCGCUCGACGACUACAAGGGCCCUCUCUUAUUCAAUCCGGGAGGGCCUGGUGGAUCGGGCGUUGCGGCACUCAUAAACCGCGGUGCGCUGUUGCAAGCUAUUGCGGGGAGGAACUACGACAUCGUGUCCUUCGACCCUAGGGGUAUUGGCACAACGAUUCCGCGGAUCGAAUGCUGGGAUUCGCCCGAGAGUGGCCUUAUCUGGGAUUUACAGGAUCCCGGAGUUGUCGAUGCACACCCGGGCGUCAUCUUUGACAAUUUUGCCCGGGCGACUCUCCUCGCGCAAGUCUGCGAGCAGCACCCCAGCUCGCGCCUCCUCCCAUACGUCAGCACCGCCUCUCAUGCUAGGGACAUGCUCGAAAUUUUACACCAGAUGGGGUAUGAGAAGCUCGCGUACUGGGGAUUCAGUUACGGGACGGUCCUAGGAGGCGUUUUUGCUGCCUUGUAUCCUGACAAAAUAGAGAGGCUUGUCAGCGAUGGCAAUGUGGACUACAGGGAGUGGUUUACACAUGCACAUGUCAACUUUUUGCGCGACACAGACAAGGUUAUGCUAGCAUUCUUCAGGUACUGCCAUCAAGUCGGCCCGUCACGUUGCGACUUCUGGGCACCGUCUCCACAGGCAAUACAAGAGCGGCUCGCUGAUCUGCUCGAUCGCAUCCGGGAGCAUCCCGUGAUCGUGCCAGCUUCGGAGUCGGGGCCGUCAAUGCCCCAACUCGUCACUUGGUCUCGCGUCAAGCGACAGCUCUCCACCACGCUGUACCAACCCCUCUACAUGUUUAGCAACUUUGCCACAGCAGCGAAAGCGUUAGAGGACGGAAAUGGAGAACCUUUUUAUCGACUAAGCCCGGGUAAUUUUAUAUCUUCGGUGUGCUCGGUCGAUGGCGUCCCGUCUGAUAGGCCUAGGCUAGAGGAAGGAAACGCUGAUGCGUUUCCUGCCAUUCUCUGUGCUGACUCCCCCCCGGCAGACGACACGCUCGAGAUCUUUGCAAAGUUUGUCGAUGGUCUUAUCGAUAUCAGCUCAUCAGUCGGCGAUGUCCUAGCUCUCUUUAGAACGGCCUGCGUAGGCAGAACGAUCCGGCCUAAGUGGAGGUUUGCCGGGCCAUUCGAGGGCAACACCAGUCACCCGAUCCUCUACGUGGCUAACAUAGCAGACAAUGUAGCGCCUCUCAUUAGUGCCAGGAACAAUUCCGAAGGCUUCCCGGGCUCUGUGAUACUGGUACAGAAUGUAUACGGCCAUACUAGUCUCGCUGCGCCCUCGGCUUGCACAGCUGGGUACAUCCGUGCCUACUUUCAGAAUGGGACGCUUCCGGCGCCGGGAACAGUUUGCGAGCCAGACUACUAUCCGUUUGACACCUUGCCAACUACAGAAGCGGGGGAUGAGCUAUCUGUGGCGUAUCGUGAGUUGUCCAAGGCUAAUUGGAACUUUCAGCCCAAACCCUAGCUAUAAGAGCUCGGGGAGCAGAACAUUGUGAACAGAGACGAUUAUUUUAUUAAGGGGUAGGUUAUAGUUGUCAUUUCUAUUGAACUACCUACUUGGUUGCCAUAGUGUCGCUUCCGAUUAUAGAGUUAGUAGAAUUUCACA